AUGUUAGUUGUAGAUCAUGUUUUAAUUAAUAAGUAUAUAGCUGGAGGAAAGGUUUUUCGCUCAAAAUAUAAGAUAAUAGCACUUGGGCAAUAUCCACAAAAUGUUAAAUAUACACAGAAAAGUGGUCGUGGUCAAAACGCUGUUCAAUAUCAAAUUCCUGAUGGAUAUAUCGUAAAGACGGAAGUUGCAGACCAAAUGCUGUGUUGUGAAACAAAGUAUACUAUUGCAAAUAAAAUUUUAUAUACAAUUACAUGGAAAGAAGAUGCUCACAAGAAAAUUAAACAGCUUAUUUUACAACAUCGAAUGGUAUCAGAAUCUGGGGAGCCAAUUCACUUACGUAAUAUGGAAUUGGGAUAUGAAGAUCAUACUAUUAAUAUAAAAUACAAUUUAUCAUUAGAUCAUAUAAAAUUAGAUGCCUAUGUCAUGAUGGGAUAUCGAAGACUUGCUGCUGUGGAAACAAGGUUGAUGCGUGAAUAUCAAGUUGCACAAAGGAGAAUAGAAAUUACAAAAUUAAUUAAUGAACAAAUACCAAUUGAAAUAAUUAACCUUGAUAAAGAAUUGAAUCAACAAUCCAUACUUGAUGAUGAUGAAGAACAUCAAGAUAAUCUUAUUGGAAUCAUAGUUGAUGAACAAGAAAUUGGUAAUGGUGUUUAUCAAUCUAUUAGAAAUCUUCUUCAAAUAUUUAUUCCUAUUUGGAGCAGAUCAAACCCACCAAUUCUUCAACCACUUGGUGGAGAUGGAAGAAAUGUAGGACGUAAACAAAAUCAUGUGAUGAUAACUAUUUGUUUAUUAAAUGAAAAAGAUGAAGUGUUAAAACCAGACCAUCAAUAUAGUCAAGAUCAAAUAGUGGCAAAUGGGUGGACUUCAUUAAUGGAAUCUGAUAAGAAAAAGGGUUUGCAACAUUUUCCUAUUGUUGAUUUUAUUUUAGGAAAAUGUGGUAUAGAUAUUCAAAAAUUAUGGCAUAAUUUUUAUGAUCUAUAUUUAGUUUUAAAACAUCUUAAUCUAACAAAUUCUGAAAUUAAUAAUUUUGAAAAUAAAGUAAAAUAA